UCAUGAUAAAACAUACAAAAAUCUGCAGUUGAAAAGUACCUAAAUGUUACAAAUUGUUAAGAAAUACAAUCUCAAUAAAAUUAUGACAAAUAAAGAAAAUUAGGAGGUGGGAGGAAAGAGUAUAAAAACAAUGCAUUCAAAAACCCAGGCUCAGACCAAUGUUUAUCAAGAUUCUUCUUUUGGCGGUCGUCUGCGGAGUACUUUAUAAAUUUUUGCGGCCCCACGGCUGCGGCGAGUCGUGCCAGCGGUCGCGGCGCGAAGCUGGCACUUCGGCCGACUGCCACUGCGCGUGCGCCACCUGCCCCUGCUCGCCUUUACAAGCCUUCGAUAUUAUCCCAAAGACGUUGGAGUAUUAUUACAACCAAGGACAAAAUCAUAUAAGGGAGCUCCAACGACAGAAUGCUGCAAACAAACGACGCGUUGAACUUUCCACUGACGAGUCAGAAGAAAUAAAAAUAAAUGAUCAAUAUUCAUCGAUCACGCUGACCUCGCCCCUGGUGAUCGAGGAGACCCACCGAGCUUCGCACCACAACUUCGACCCCCCGUUCCGCCGGGUGCAGCAACGGGACUCCACCCCGGAGCUCGAGAUAGCCCGGAGAGAAUCUACACCAUCAACAAGCCAACUGAAAGAGCCCCCCAAAGACGCCAGGGUGCCUGCGGCGUGCAGAAAGUGCAAAUCUUUGGGGAUGACAUGCAUGGGAUCCUGUCCCAGAGCCAAACAAGUCAACAAUUCUACCAAUACGGAGAAAUAAUCGCUUGAGCUGGCUUUGUGCGGAUUAGAACGGAACAAAGCGAGGAGUAUCAUAAGUGCAUUUUUACAUUAUCCGAUCCGAUAUCGGAUGUAGGACAGAUAUCCCAUACAUUGAAAUUGAUGCAUUUUUUGUCUAAAUCUAGAUAUAGGUAUUAUUUAAAAUCAACAAAAUGGUGUUCCCACACUUGGCUGCAAGGAUGAUUUAAAUAUAAUUUACACUGAUGAUGCCUACAUUUUUUUUUAAAAUGUGUAUUGACGUGAUAUCAUGAUAUUAAAAUAAAAAAUAUAUCAUUUGUUCUUAUAAAAAAUAAAAACAUACAAAAAUAU